AUGGAUCAGCAAGCAGUUGAUAUCAAAAAUAAGAAAGCUACUGCACCUACACCUCAAAACACCCCCAUCAACACAGCUCCUAUCAACUCUCACUUUAACCCUUCUAUCCCAGCUAUUACUGAAGAAAUGGAAACUAUCACUACCUCUGGUGCUGCUGCUAGCAACCCUGCUCUCAUGAGCAUGCUCCAAGGCAAAUUGGGCAACCUCGUUGGUGAGCCUCUUCCUGCUGCUGUUCAACGUCGUAUCAACGGUCUCAAGUACCUCCAAUCUAAGCAUACUGAACUCGAGGGUAAAUUUCAAGAAGAGGUUUUGGCUUUAGAAAAGAAAUACCUCGAGUUGUAUCGUCCUUAUUACAACAAGCGUGCUGAGGUUGUUGCUGGCAAGUAUGAACCUACCGAAGAGGAAGUCGCUAUUGGUGCCAAGGUUGAUGAGGAUAGCGAAGAUGAACAAGAGCCUGCAGCUGAGAAGAUUGAGGAAGAUAAGGAGGACGAAGAAAAUGUCGCUGGUAUUCCCGAAUUCUGGUUGACCGCCUUGAAGACUCAUCCCCAAAUCGGUGAGACCAUCUCUGAAGAAGAUUGCGAUGCUCUCAAGCAUUUGGUUGAUAUUCGCAUGACCUAUCUUGAAAAGCCUGGUUUCCGUAUCGAAUUCGAGUUCUCUGAGAAUGACUACUUCACUGAUAAGGUUCUUACCAAGACCUAUCAUUACCAAGACAAUGUCAGCGGUGGUGAUUAUGUUUACGAUUUCGCUGAAGGUUGCAAGAUCAACUGGAAGGAAGGUAAGGACUUGACUGUCACUGUCGAGACCAAGAAGCAACGCCAUAAGGGUACCAACAAGACUCGUGUCGUGAAGCGCACUGUCCCUGCUGAGACCUUCUUCAACUUCUUCAACCCUCCUACUAUCCCUGAUGAAGAUGCUGAACUUGACGAAGAGGAAGCCGAAGGUUUGGAUGCCAAGUUGGAGGCUGAUUACGAGAUGGGUGAGGAAUUUAAGGAAAAGAUUAUUCCCCAUGCUGUUGAUUUCUUUACUGGCAAGGCUCUUGAUUACGAGGACUAUGAUGAUGAGGAUGAUUUUGAGGAUGAUUUCCUUACCGAUGAAGAUAACGAGUCCGAAGAUGAUGAGGAAGACGAAGAUGAGGACGAUGAUGAUGAUGCCCAACCUGCCAAGGGUGAAAACGCUCCCGAGUGCAAACAAUCUUAA